AUGCCAAUCACUAUAAGAAGAGCCACAAUAAAUGAUAUGAUAUGUAUGCAAAAUACUAAUUUGCACAAUUUACCAGAAAAUUAUAUGAUAAAAUAUUAUAUGUAUCAUUUAUUAACCUGGCCUCAAGCCUCUUUUGUUGCUAUAAACACAACAUUAGAAGAAGAAGGAGAGGAACAGGAUGAAUUUGAAGACGAAUGUUUGGAAAUAGAGAUAGAAAAGGGUAAAAGAAUCAAACUAGAUCCAACUUAUGUUGGACCAGGUGAAAAAUUAGUUGGUUAUGCUUUAGCUAAAAUGAACGACGACCCUGACCAAAAGGCUGAACCAUUAAAUGGUCACAUAACGUCUUUGAGUGUUAUGAGAACGUAUAGAAGAAUGGGAUUAGCUGAAAAAUUGAUGAGACAAUCCUUAUUUGCUUUAAGAGAAGUUUACAACGCCGAAUACGUUUCGUUACAUGUUAGAGAAUCCAAUAAAGCUGCCUUGCAUUUAUAUAGAGAUACACUAGCAUUUGAAGUUUUAAGUGUUGAAAAAAGUUAUUACCAGGAUGGAGAAGAUGCAUAUGCAAUGAAAAAAAUCUUGAAUUUAGAAGAAUUGAAACCAAGUAACUUCAUGCACUUGAAAGAUGUACCAAAAGAAGAUAUUUUGGAAGAUGAUUUUGAAUCCGAUUUAUUAGCUUAA